AUGGCAUUACCCAUUGAAGAGGUCGACAAGGAAGGAAGAGCCAUUUUCUUCCAGAGUCCUGCAGAUAUUUCCGACCCGGUGAAGUUUGACAGUUAUGAUCUUAGCACCCAAGACCGCGUAAAUGACCUCUACAAUGAAAAUCGUUUGCCAGACCCGAGAUUUCACGGCUUCGUCUACAAUUAUUCCUCUUGCCUCUCCCUCCAUUACCGUAGCGAGUCAAGUCGUCGUAAAAUUAAGCAGAAAAUUGAUUACAAAGCCAUUCAGGCCACUUAUCCAUGCGAACGCGAUCCUACUCUCGUGUUCAUGGUUGUAGCCAACUCAAAAGUUCGGAACCAACUUCGAGUGCUACGCCUUCCCACUCCGCUUGUGGGAACAAAGUUUCGCUACGUGAUUGAUCAACUACAAUUGAGUCCAAUUCGCGAAAGUGCCAAUUUUAAGAAUGGAAGCGUGCGCACAACCAUGAAUUCGGGGUCAAGUUUCUCUACGCCAAUGGCGGAGGAAAGUGACGCUAGUGUGACCUCGGCCUCUCACUACUUCUAUCGCAGUGCCGCACAUAAUCCAACUAUGCGUGCUUUCUAUGGUAAAGAAGAGGAGGAACCAAAGCUACCUCGAGUUCAACCCUUUGCAUUUUCCUCUAUGGCAUAUUCGAACGUUUAUAAUUCGCAGCGCUCGCUGAAUCGACAAAAGAGUGACAUUUUCGAUAAUUUCGAUCCCACUAACUACGAGAUCUACCGACCAGUCUCUCGAAAGUCACGAGACGAUCGAUAUGCCUACGACUACGGCGACUUUCGCCGCUCAUCACGAAGACGUGCGUCUAGACCGCGAUUUGAGAGUUCUGGUUACAAUUACAACAGCCGAGCAGCAGUGCGUAACAAGAGCCUUGUCUAUCUAGAUCCGGAAUACGGAGACUAUAGGGGAAACCGGUACGAGUAUGAUGUGCCGCAAAGAUCGACGUUCGAUCGAACAUCCAGGAGUGGAUCAGUGCCUCGCAGAUACGCUCAUUACUAG